AUGGUGGUAGCUUUAGGUCCUGGAAAGUUUUAUGGAAGCGGCCUCCCAAGACCACGGAUCUACACAGACAUCAAGUACAACUCCUACCGAGUCGACCCACCUGUUUCUGUUACAGAUCCUUUAAUGUCGUGGUCAGAAGAAGCUCACUGGUCAAUGGGUGGCUUAAACGUUAAGCGCCAUCGUCUUCAAGGUCGUAUCGAAGGCAACAUCGAGAAGCUUCGGAGCCAGAUCGAGGAGUCAAUUAAGAAGAAAGAAUCCCUAAGCCCGCCGUCAUCAAAGAAAAAACCCAUUUCCAAAUCGUCGGAAAAAUCAGCCAAGAAGAAAGGGGCUGAUAUGGAUCGGAGUCGGAGCCCCUCGCCGCCGCCAGCUCCGCUAGCUAACAAGCGGAAGAGGCGGUUUCUGGGUUUGGUUGACGAGGACGAUGAAGGCGAAGGCGAAGAGAACGUGCCAGCUAGGAAGUUUCCGGUGAGGAAGCUUUCUGAUGAGUUUGAUUUCGUUGCGAAUACAAAGGAAAGUCCGGCGAGAAUCUCCAGAGGUAUUGAGUCUGAGACGCCGACAAUCGCUUUAAGGACUCGUGGUCAGAAAACGGUGAUUGAGGAGCCGAUUAAGACACUUUCGAAGGGUAAGAAGCGAUUGAGAAAGAUUGGUGAAAUUACAAAUGUUGAUGCAUCUUCUUCUUUCAGGAUUUCACCGAGAAUAGUUAAGCGUGUGUAA